GCCAUCUUGAAAAGUGCCCUCCGAUGAUCUACCUUUUCGCGCCUGUCAGGAUCAGUUUUAAACGCUUUAUUUUCCUUACCGGAAUUUCGUGUAACCUCUGUGUUCGUUUUAUUAAGGCCUGGGACUAAUGGCAAGAUAAACUACAUGCUGGAGACUCGCUGUUUACCGUUGUCUAUCGGUGUGUGCUGUUGAACUGCUGUAUGUGUGCUGUUUGUCAGUCUGUCCAUCACCGCUGUAGCCUGGAAUGGGCCACGACUCCCAAAGACUAGAACACACCUCUUUAUAACCUGAGCUCCGUCGCUUGGACUCCAACAUACUCACAGAGCCAACAUGUUUUGGAAAUUUGACCUCCACACCACAUCCCACAUUGACACGCUGUUAGAGAAGGAAGAUGUGACGCUGAUGGAGGUGAUGGAUGAGGAUGAUGUCCUGCAGGAGUGCAAGGCCCAGAACCACAAACUGGUUGACUUCCUGCUGAGACCACAGUGCAUGGAGGACCUGGUCACCUUCAUCACACAGGAACCCAGUAUUGAUGUUGAAGAGAAGGUUAAAUACAAGUAUCCCAACAUAUCAUGUGAGCUGCUUACGUCAGAUGUGAGCCAGAUCAAUGACAGACUUGGAGAAGAUGAAAAACUGCUGAUGAAACUAUAUGGCUUCCUUCAGAAUGAGCCCCCUCUCAACCCACUUCUGGCCAGCUUCUUCUCCAAGGUCUUGUCCAUUCUUAUAGGACGCAAGCCUGAACAGAUAGUGGAGUUUCUGCGGAAGCGGGAGGACUUUGUAGACUUGAUGAUUAAACACAUCGGGACAUCUGCAAUCAUGGACCUGCUUCUCAGAAUGCUCACCUGCAUCGAACCACAACAGCUACGACAGGAUGUUCUCAACUGGCUGAAUGAGGAGAAGGUGAUUCAGAGGCUGGUGGACAUGGUGCAACCUUCUCAAGAUGAGGAUAGACACUCCAAUGCCUCCCAGUCACUGUGUGAGAUCAUCAGACUAAGCAGAGACCAGAUGUUCCAGGUCCAGGGCUGCUCAGAGCCCGACCCACUUUUGGCCACACUUGAAAAGCAGGAGACGGUGGAACAGCUGCUGUCUAAUAUAUUCGACAAGGAGAAGAAUGAAUCUGCAAUUGUCAGUGUUAUCCAGAUCCUCCUCACAUUGUUUGAGACAAGGAGACCAGCGUUUGAGGGUCAUAUGGAGUGCCCCCCUGGGAUGUCACACCCUUCAUUCUCAGUCAACCACAGCAUCCUGGAGGCAGUGAGACCCCGGCUCAAAGACUUUCACCAGCUGCUACUGGAACCCCCAAAGAGGAAUAUGAUGAAGACAACGUGGGGGGUGCUGGACCCUCCUGUGGGUAACACCAGGCUCAAUGUUGUCAGACUGGUGGCCAGCUUGUUGCAGAGCAACACACACAGCAUCAACACAGAACUUAUUAACCUCAACACACUGGGAGUCAUACUAGAUAUGUAUUUCAAAUACAUCUGGAACAACUUCCUCCACAUUCAGGUGGAGAUCUGCACAGCCAUGAUUCUGGCUAUGCCCCCCGCCCCCACUGACACCCAGCCAGACACAGAGCAAGAACAUGCAAGGGAGAGCAUCCUCAUCAAACAUCUGUUUCAAAAGUGCCAGUUUAUACAGAGAAUUGUAGACGCCUGGAGCUCCAAUGAGAAAGAACAGGCGGAAGGUGGUCGGCGACGAGGCUACAUGGGUCACCUCACCAGAAUAGCCAAUUCUAUAGUUCAUAACUGUGACAAAGGGCCUAAUGGACCACAGAUACAACAGCUCAUCUCUGAGCUCCCAGCAGAGGACAGAGAGAAAUGGGAGGCUUUUCUCUCUGGGCAGCUGGCUGACACAAACAAGAGAAACACUGUCGACCUGGUGAAUACACACCACAUCCAUUCUUCCAGUGACGAUGAGGUGGACUUCAAAGACAGUGGCUUUCACCAGGACUCCUCUCUACAACAAGCCUUUUCUGAUUAUCAGAUGCAACAAAUGACGUCCAAUUUUAUUGAGCAGUUCGGCUUCAAUGACGAAGAGUUUGCUGAUCAGGACGAUGUUGUGGAUAUUCCCUUUGAUAGAAUAUCAGACAUCAAUUUUUCACUGAAUACAAAUGAAAGUGCAAAUAUAGCUUUGUUUGAGGCACGCUGUAAGGAGAAAAUCCAGCAGUUUGAAGAUGCUGGUUCAGAUGAGGAGGAUAUCUGGGAUGAAAAAGACGUCACCUUUGCACCAGAGGCACAGAGACGCCCCAGGAGCUCAGGCAGCACAGACAGUGAGGAAAGCACAGACUCGGAGGAGGAGGAUGUGAAGAGAGAUCCAUUUGAAGCUCCCAACCCCAGCACCGAUGACAGAAUGGAAGUCGACACAGGGCCAGUGUGGACGGCCAACUUUGAUGACAUCCCCAUGGACACAGGUACAUCAACAGCUCCAGCCUCCAGCCCCAGCAACCCUGCAGCCUCCUGUCCUUUGUCCUCCUCCCCCUCUUCUGCAGAAGUCCUCCCCGAGGCAGGAUGGAACUCGUCUCCUGCCGCCAGCUCUAACUCUGAAACAGGCUGGGCUGAUUUCUCGAAUUUCACCCCUGUCAGCCCCAAAGACCCUCUGAGGUGCAACUCCCCUGUUGCUAUGGAAACCAGCAUAGAGACAAUGGACCCUCUGGGGGUCAAUGCACCCAUGCAGCCUGAAGACUGUGAUGGCUGGUUGGGCACCAGUGUGGCCUCUCCCUCCUCCACCUCACCUAAGGAUUAUGGGAGAUCUAAAGCAGAGGAGGAAACAGCCUGUUGUGAACAGCGCAGCAUCACAGAGACAGUCAUCAAUGGCUCCAUGAAAGAAACCGUCAGCCUCACUGUUGACGCCAAGACUGAGACUGCUGUCUUCAAGAGUGAUGAAGAGAAGAGUGCUUCUUCAGAGAAAUACUCAGUAGUGGAGUGUGUGGAUUCGGAGAGAACAGCCGCAGCCUGCUGUCCCAAAACAGGCAGUGAGAAGUGUCGCUCCACUGUGGAGCUUCCCAAUGGUCCUCUAGAGGAAAUGUCAGCCAUAGAGGAGGCCAAACUGGACCAGAGUGCCGUGUCCUCGGAGCCAGCUGUAAAUGGGCCGGCGUGAGGGUCUCCUAAUGCCAGCCAAUGGCCAGCCUGUUCUGCCAUGCAGGGCCCUCCUCCUGGCCAGUCAGCGGAGGCCACUGCUCAGAGCUGUACCAAUCACACGCCCCCACCAGGACCAGCAAUACUCCCAUCGGCUCAUCACUGACAGACAGACAGGUGUACAGACACAAGAUGAACUGAAAAGCAAAAUGAGAGACAUACUCAAAUGGAUACAGAAUAAUUUUUUUCAGCAUUUGUUUAUAUACUAUUGUUCUUAUGAGGUGAUGUGCGACUGAUAUCUUGCCACUCAAAAUUAAAUAGUAAUGUUGCUAUAGUUAAAGAAAUGAUUGUAUGAAUAAAAUAUUUUAUAAAAAGAAAAAUGUAUACAGAAACAUAAGAUGAAUUACCACAUGAAUAGCUGAUUGGUGACCCAACCAACCACUAAGCUGUUGUUAUUGCUGGAUCUGUUAUCCAGCAGUGUGACACUUACAAUACAUACAACAGUUGCUAUAUUUGAAAUUCUCACCCACCAUUGGUCCGUGUCUCUGAGCAAUGCCGCUCCUACGAAUUGAAACACAUUUUAAAAACCACACUUAAAGGUUUACUUUGCUGCAGGUAUUAUUUGUAAAUGUUUUCUCUUGUAUUCUUCUGCAUUGAGUAAGAUUUGACAAACUUUUUUGGUAUAGUUUUUCUUUCUUUCUUUCUUUUUUUUUUUUUUUUAUUUAUUAUGGAAGUAAGAUGAUGGUUAUGUUUUGUUACUAAAGAGCCAUACCAACACACCCUCUCCCCUUCUAGCAGGCUGCAUUCAUGCUAACUGGGUUUCUACCUCGCAGCUAGAAGGCUAAACAGGAGAGAUACAGUAUGUCGUCACCACAGCCUAAACUGGGAGCUGUAAAUGCAUUCUGAGCUUGUGUUUUUAGUCCCAACUAAACUUCUUCAGAACCACAGUCGUCUUCCUUGGCCCAAAACUGCUUUUAGACCAGUGGUUCUCAACCGGAGUGGGUCCCCGUUUAGAUCAUGUUCACAUUUAAAGAAUUCCAUUGCAGGUUGAAUAUGCAUCUAGACAGUGUGCAAAACUGUGAUUUUAAGUAGCUGCUGCAUUGUCGAGAACUUAGCGGGACAGUGAAAUAGCUAUUCGAGACUAACAACACGCAGGAACAUAAAAUUAUAAGAAAUCCAUUUUCCAGAUGAGUUACCCGCCACAACGUGAGACAUUACUCUGCUUCCUGGAGCCAGCUGUGAUUCAGUCAAGUAUUGUCCUUCAGUUUUUAACAGAAGAGAACUAGUUAAAACUGUAAAUUUAGACAGUCAUGAUAUCAGCUGCUGACCAAGUUCUAACCACAGGCGUUUGUUCUUAUACUGUGUCUAGACUGACAACAGCACUGUGUGACACCUUUCUUUUCAAGGUGUUGUUGGCAAAUCAAGGGUGCCCACACUGAGGGCUGAGCGUAGCUCAGUGCAUUGUGACAUCCGACAACACACUAUGUCGGCCGAUCCAAUCCGUGCAAGUUACUAAAGAUGAAUGGUGAAAUUCUGCUGUUAACCUGCUGAUUGUUGGGAAGGAGAUACGCUGAUGUUUCCAGAGUUGUAAAAUCCUUCCUCAUAGUUGGCUUUGCAGCAUUUUUCCAUCUGAUAAGCCUUCAAACGUAUGACUCAAACUUCAGGACUUCGUUCCUGUAUUUUUUCUUCUCAGCAGUAACCAAAGCAACACACCCUUAACUUGUCUUUUGCAGUGAUGUUCAGUGCAGGUAAUUCAGUUUGAGCAAAGCAACCGUUAGUUAGAAGUGUUUUUAGUGCUGUUGUCAGUCUGAAUGCACCUUUGUUCCAUUUUUUUUUUCUUUGAAUCACCGCCUGAACUUAAAAAUUCCGCCUUGAUGAGGCGUUUGGUUGACUUGGAAAUUUUGAAUUUUCAAGCCAACUUAAAACCUGCCAUGUUUAUGUCCAGACAGACUGUAGUUGCCUCUGUGUAAAUGGCCUUUUAGCUUUGGUUUGGUCUUCACCAAUUCCUGAGGAAAUGUCUGGUAGUUGAGCUGCCAGAUACUUAACUUUUUUUUGUUAACAUUAUAAAUAAAGGACCAACUUUUGCGAUGGGCCAGUUGUUAGUCUACUGAGAAAAAACUAACAUCAGCUAAUUUUGACUGCCAGCAGAUCUGUUGCCGCAUUUCUGCUGAAUAUCCGUCCACAUUAAACUGAGCCCUAAAUAGACCAGUUACCAAUGCAUCUACCUGCAGCUGAGAUUUAAAUGAUUUCUAUAUAUGUUGCUAGAAAUCACACUCUUCUGCUGCCUUCUUUCUCCUUUCUUAUUUCUGUGGAACCCCUUCCUUUCCCCUCACCAAAUGUGACAUUUUUUUUUAUCUUGGCAACACAUGAUUCACUGGUUGGGAUUUGGUUCCAAAAUGGUUUUGUAAUUCAAAGUUUUCUGUACCACUGGGAAGGGAAGAAGGUAUUUACAGAUGACAGUACAACUUAACCCCACUUUUUUUGUCAGAUUAUUAAUUAAUUAAAUUUCAUCUUAAUUUCUGAG